CAUGGCCAUGCCAGACUCCCUUUCGUUUCUCCAGCAGUUGCGGUGGGAUCUACUCUACUCACCACGGCAAUCAACCGGAGCGGCCACUUUUCCCGGCUUUGCCCCAUCUUGUUAUAAACCGGCCACCGCUAGCUAGAGCUAGACCCCAGCACCCAUCUGUCUCUUCUUGGCGGCCUCCACACUCCACAGCCUUUGCGAGCUUUCCUCCGAGCUGUGGUGGUUUCUGUGCUGGAGAGCAAGAUGGCUAGAGCGGCUCAACCGUCUGCGUCGCUCGUGCUCCUCUCCCUGGGGCUCGUGCUCCUCUGCUUCACCUCAGUUAGCACCGUUCGGCUGGCCGACGCACAGGCACAGCCCGCACAGUCACCGGCGUCGCCGGCUGCGGCCGCGGCGAGGCCGCCCAAGACGUGGUGCGUGGCGAGGCCCUCCGCGGACGAAAAGGCGCUGCAGGGGAACAUCAACUAUGUCUGCCAGAACGUGAGCUGCAGCGUGAUCCAGCCGGGUGGCCCCUGCUUCAACCCCAACACCCUGGCGUCCCACGCCUCCAUCGCCAUGAACCUCUACUACGCCUACAACGGCAGGCACUCCUGGAACUGCUACUUCCGGGACUCCGGUAUCAUCGUGCAGUCCGACCCCAGUUACGGUUCCUGCACUUUCUACUGAUUGUCUUCACCGAGGUUGAGCUGACGCCGUUUGUCGAGGCAGUUGCGUUUCAGUAGGUUCUUCAUUGUUAGUAGGAAUAUGUUUAAUUGUGAGGCGCCUUAAUUUGGUGGAGAAGCCCCAUGUUGUCGUGAGCUACCUGCUCGAGCAUCAUGCAAUGUUUGAUUGGUUGAGGAUCAGUGUAUUAGUGUCGUGACCCAACUGUCGGUCUGUGUUGCCUCUUGUCUCAGAUGUUCUCUCUCUCCAGUGGGAGCUGAUUAAUCCAUGUGCAUCUUAUGACUGCAAUGCUUGUUGUAGCUUGUGAGUUUAUUAAUUUCAGAUUGGUACUGAAUCA